AUGAGACUGUCUCAUUUCAUUGCACUCUUAUUCCUUCUUCAAUUCGGUGUUACAAAAGACGCGCUACCUGUAUUUCUAAUCGAUUACGAUAAAGUUAUGGGCGAUCUGUUCAUCGAACCGAAUGCAUUUUAUAAAACUGACAGUCGCAUUUUCACAGACAUCAUCGAUGACGCUACCAAACAGAGUAAGGUUUUCAUAAUUUUCGUUGAAGAUCAUUUCUGUUCCGCAGAUGUCAGUGCCAAAGACGAAAACGGAACACCGUUUAGUUAUCUGCACGAAGACGUAUUGAAAUACAAAGCAAAAUACAUCCCAAACGUGGUGAACCCUGUAGGCACUGUGAAAAGAAUCUUGAAGCCGACUCAAUCGAACGUGUUCGUGAUGAAACCAGGCCAGCAGUUUCAACCGAAGAAAGAUCUGUCAUUUUUCUACAUUUUCUUCAAAGACGCGGAGAACGAGAGGAGAAUUGAAACGUUGCGUCGACACGACUCGAUUAUACAAGAAGUUUACGAUAAAACCCGCCAGAUAGCUAAUGGCGCUGUCACAGCACUGUAUACUGGCAAAAGUAAUCCUGUUAUGCUGACUGAUUCCAACGCAAUCUAUGGAGACUCAUUGCCGGAUGUAGGAGAGAAAUCUCUUUUGAAUGAACGACCUGUACUUCGUGCUAUAAAUCAUCAUGGUCAAGGCGUUGCCGUGGCAACGUCUCUAAACAUCAGCAUGCUCUACAAUCAACCAUUUGGACCUGUCAGAAGGUGCAACCCAUACUUCAACCCGGGCAUAAUCGCCAGCAUCACAAUAUCUGCGAUGUGCAUCGGCGUCUUACUGAAAGCUGUAUCCUGCCUUUUUAACUGUCAUACGAAUGAUCGAUACGAUGAUGCGUACGCAAGAACGCCCAUAUUUUCUUCGGUGGAAUAG